UCCUUCUGGCCAAUGCCCUGCGUGCGGAUCAGUGCCGAGAGCCGCCUCACGUCCCCCUUGAAGACACACUCGUGCACCGGGAAGUGCCCCGGGCACUUGUCGGCCUCCGCGGCGGGGCUGACUGCCCCCGGGGUGGCGGGGGCCGGGGCCGCCGGGGCCCCUUUCAGCUGUAGCCGGUGGUGGUGGUUGCUGAAGAUGCGGUGGCCCCCGGCGCGGCCGCCCUUGCCGCUGCCCCCACGGCCCCCCGUGAAGACGCCUCCGGGCGCGGGCGCCGCCUCCUCUUCGCCAGGCUCCAGCAGGUCCCCGUCCUCCUUGCUGGGCUUGUGGUCCCUGCGCAGCGAGCGCAGCUUCUCUCCGGUCAUCGCCAGCGGCGGCCCCGCGGACCGGGGGGCCCCGCCGGGCAGACUCGCCGCAGCCGGGGGGAGCCGGAGCCGCUGCGGGGGGACGAGGCACUCAGAGCCGCGGCGGCGAGUCCCGUCCCGUCAGCAUCCCCCCCGGAAACAGCCCGGACCCAGCAGGCUCAGGGGAGCCGACAGCCAGCCUACCUCCGGCCGCUCCGCUCAGCGGCCCGGCCGCGCCGCCAUCUUGUCGAAGCGAUCUCGCGAGAGGGACGCGGCAGGAGGAGGCGCGAGAGCGCCGGCCACAUCGCGAGAGCAGGGCGGCCCGGCUGGGCGCGGAGAAGUCGGCGUGGAGCUGGCAGAGGGGCGGAACGUAACUGUCCACAUUCCCCUCAGCCCAGAGAGAAGGGCACAGUGUGUUCCACUUCCUGCUUCAGCAACCACACCCGCCCCCCCUUUGGGGCUGAUUGAGAGAACCAUCAAACCUGUCAUGUGUGGAUCAGUAGGAACAGCAUUGUUUUCAGUUCACAGUAGAAUUUGCUGUGCCGGAAGUUACAGCUGCCAGCAUCAGCCGCUUUCCUCGGUCCCCCUACCGCCACAGCUCCCCAUGGAGAAGGCUGAGGACGGGUCCCAGGGCUUCCUGCCGCCCUUCGAGCACUUCGCCACUCAGGCCAUCCACGUGGGGCAGGAGCCGGAGCAAUGGACCUCCAUGGCCGUCGUGCCCCCCAUCUCUCUCUCCACCACCUUCAAGCAGCAGGCGCCCGGCCAGCACUGCGGUUUCGAAUAUAGCCGUAGUGGAAAUCCUACUCGGAAUUGCCUGGAAAAGGCUGUAGCUGCACUGGAUGGAGCCAAGUACUGUUUAGCUUAUGCUUCAGGCUUAGCAGCUACUAUGAAUAUUGCACAUUUGUUAAAGAUGGGAGACACUGUUAUCUGUAUGGAUGAUGUUUAUGGAGGUACAAACAGAUAUUUCAGGAAGGUAGCCUCCAGAAUGGGUUUGAAGAUUACUUUUGUUGACUGUAGCAAAUUGGAAUGCCUGGAGGCUGCAAUCACACCAGAUACAAAGCUUGUUUGGCUCGAAACUCCCACAAAUCCCACCCUGAAGGUCAUUGAUAUUCAAGGCUGUGCAGAUGUCAUCCAUAAACAUAAAGACAUUAUUUUAGUAGUAGACAACACCUUUAUGUCAGCAUAUUUCCAGCGUCCUUUGUCUCUUGGGGCAGAUAUUUGUAUGUAUUCAGCAACCAAAUACAUGAAUGGGCACAGUGACGUUGUAAUGGGAUUGGUUUCAGUAAAUUGUGAUGAUCUCUAUGAAAGGCUCAAAUUCUUACAAAAUGCCCUUGGAGCAGUUCCAUCUCCUUUUGACUGUUACCUUUGCAAUCGGGGUUUAAAGACACUGCAGAUCCGGAUGAAGCAGCAUUUCUACAAUGCACUGGCUGUUGCUCAGUACCUUGAAUCAAAUCCCCGGGUAGAAAAAGUCAUUUAUCCUGGACUGCCCUCGCAUCCUCAGCAUGAGCUAAUGAAGCGUCAGGCCACUGGCUGUCCUGGGAUGGUCACCUUUUACAUUAAAGGAAAUCUUGAACAUUCUGAAAUCUUUCUCAAGAAUUUAAAGCUUUUCGCGCUGGCUGAGAGUCUGGGAGGAUAUGAAAGCCUAGCAGAACAUCCGGCCAUUAUGACUCACGCCUCAAUUCCUGAAGAGGAGAGAGAGGUUCUUGGGAUCAAUGAUACUUUGAUUCGCCUGUCAAUUGGUUUGGAGGAUGCACAAGAUAUACUGGAAGAUCUGGAGCAAGCUUUGAAAGCAGCAGUCCCAGAGCAUAUGGUUCGCAACUAGGAAUCUUAAGACCUGAAAUUGGAAGCUGAUCACUACACAGCUAAGACACCCAGAGAAGAUUAAAUGAAAAGCCAAACCACUGAUAAGUUUCUUCAGAUUUGCCUUUAAAAGUGAAAGGCGAAAGAAGGGAGGAAAAAA